UUCCCUCAGCUGGAGCUGACGUCGUAAUUGUGUCUUAGCAGGGAAGCUAACGCUGAUGUAGACCACUUCCGCCGCCAAUGUAAACGUGAAGCGGUCCUUUGGCUCCAACUUAUAGCUAUUUUAGACAAGGGUAUAAAACACUAAUGGCUCUCUUAGCAGAGCUAUGGCUUACAGAACCAGAGCAGUGUGAUGCUAGCUGUGUUCCCAGCUAGCACAAUAGCAUUAGAACUGUCCAGGGCCGUGACAUUUUGAAGGCUACUAAUGCUAAUUAAACAACGGCUAGUUACUUCCUUGUUGACAUGUACGGCAGGCUAAUGGAGAAAACAGAAAAUGGGAAGAAAUGAUUUGCAAUAAGGACGCGUCGAGAAGAGGAGCGAAAUGAACUCUGCUAGAAGUGAUCGGGCUCCGUCACCGAUGAAUGGAAGACAAGUAGACUGGGAAACCAGGCGGACACGGAAAAUCGCAGACAUCACCCAGGCCCUGAGUGUCGAUCCAGUGGAUGUAGCAAUGCUGAGGAGGAUGGCAAUCAGUGAGGGGGGGCUCUUGACUGAUGAGUUACGCCGUCAGGUCUGGCCAAGGCUCCUCAACAUCCCCCCUCACCUCUUGGACCAAGAGCCUGGAAAAGUAGAGCGGGAAAACGAUAAGGACUACAACCAGGUCUUGCUAGAUGUUCAGCGUUCUCUGCGAAGGUUUCCACCUGGUAUGCCAGAUGAGCAGAGAGAAGGCCUUCAAGAAGAACUAAUUGACAUAAUCCUGAGGGUUCUGCAACGUAAUCCGCAGCUGCACUACUACCAAGGAUACCAUGACAUUGUUGUCACCUUCUUGUUAGUCGUUGGAGAACGCCUGGCAACUGUUCUAGUAGAGAAACUCUCCACACAUCAUCUCAGGGACUUCAUGGACCCCACGAUGGACAACACAAAACACAUUCUUAACUAUCUGAUGCCUAUCAUUGAAAAGGUCAACCCUGAGGUGCAUGACUUCAUGCAGCAGGCUGAAGUGGGCACGGUCUUCGCUCUCAGCUGGCUGAUAACCUGGUUUGGCCAUGUGCUCUCAGAUUUCCGCCAUGUUGUACGGUUGUAUGACUUCUUCCUGGCCUGCCAUCCACUGAUGCCAAUUUAUUUUGCUGCUGUGAUUGUGCUGCACAGGGAGGACGAGGUGUUGGAUUGUGAAUGUGAUAUGGCAAUGGUCCAUCACCUGCUGUCUCAGAUUCCUCAGGAUCUGCCAUACGAGACUCUGAUCAGCAGAGCAGGAGACCUCUUUGUCCAGUUUCCUCCCUCUGAACUGGCCCGAGAAGCAGCUGCCCAUGAAAGCAUGGCGUCUUCUACCUUUGAGGACUUUGAGCUUGCAUCCACUCAACAACGGCCAGACGCAGUUCUCCGCCGAAGACGCAGACAAAAACAAGCUUCUCCGGAGAGCUCAACAGCGAGCGCUGUCAUGACUGUUGCACGGCCUUCAACUGCCCGCCGCUUUGUCAGAUUGGCAGUAAUGGGUCUGACUGUGGCUUUAGGAGCAGCGGCUCUUGCUGUGGUUAAUACAGCUCUGGAGUGGGCCCCCAAGCUGGACUUGUUUCCUUGAACUACUUUUAAAGCCAACCUGCCAACUUUUGUCUACAACUAAAUAAAGCUGGUGGGUCUUUUUCAAGAAGCAUUUUUGGAGUCUUAACACUUUCUGGACUGGCUAAGCUCAGUGACUGAGUUGGACAUGUUAACUCUGUCAUCAAGAAUAUGUACAAACAGCCUGCUCUAAAAGGAUCUCAUAAGGCACCACACUUUAUCCUUAAGGGUAUGUAGUUUUAAAAGCUGCUGGCACUCCCUAAUGAAUCCGUGUUAUUAUGAAGAAACAAUUUCCAAGGACUAUCAUUGAUGUGUCGUAAUCAAAGUUUAUUUAUAUUUUGUUAUAGGAUGUCUGAUUUACCGUAAUGCUCACUGAGAUUUAUGCUGAAAGCCUGACUCACUACACUUGAAACUGCUGCCAACUUUGAGAGAAUGUGUGUGUGUUUGUGUGAAUGUAUGGGCGCAACCCAUUUGUUUUACUUAUUUGAUAUCUUUACUGAGACCAACUUAAGGAUUCGCUCGAUCAGCCAUCUGUAGAAUUAGAAGUAUUUCAUUUUAGGGGAACAUGAAGCAAAUUUAGGGUAGUUAUUUUACUCUUUUAGUUUAUUUGCCCCCUCCAGGGUUUAAAAUGUAAAAAAUGUUUCUCAAUUCUAACAUUUCAAUGUAUCACUAUAUGUGGAACAUCUUUAAAACCUGUUUCAACCUUAAUUAUUCAUUUAAAUUAGGGUCAUUACUGAAAUCUUUAUUAUAUAAAUAAGAAUGACCAAAAUAACUGUAUUCUUAAACUAUAAAAACUUUAAGAAUAAAACUAUAGUCACGAAGAAAUUUUACAUUCAUCUUGUUCUUAAAAAUAUUUCCUACUAGACAUACCGUCUAACGGCUUGUCCUCUUUUUCUUUAGUUUGAGUAAUUCAAAUAAUCACUAAUGCCUUUGCCAGGUAUCUAGAAGUAAUCUACUGUAAAUAAGCAUAAAUAAGGAGAAUCUCUUAACUGCUGGAGCACAACUGGUCUGCCUUUAAUGUGCUAUCCUAUAAGUAGGCCUUUGGAGAGUGGAAUAAAAUGAAAACUACACUUUUAAUAAACAGAAGGCAGAAUCAUUUACACAUUUAGAUGCUGGCAAAAAUGACACUUUAUUUCAUAAAUUUAAGCUUUGUACAAUAUUGAUCAAAUUAUAUGUGGCUAUUGUUUAAAAAUGCUUAUAUUUUAAGCUCAACUUAUUGUUGUAGAUUUCAGUCUUGCAUUAAAAGCUAUUAAAAAGAUUUUACAUCUAAAGUAGCUAAAGCCUUGGUUAAGAUCAUAGGGCCAUUAUUCUGCCCACAAUCGCUGAUAGGAUCCGUCGAUAACUCAACAGCCUUCCUGCAUAGAUUCUGUAGCACGUUGCUCUUGAGCCAUGCAUCUGGAAGAGGCUAAUUUAACCAAUUCUAGUGCGUUAACGCAGAAGGGUAUGGCAGAUAAAUGUCAGCCUAAGGCUCACUCUGGUUUUUCCAAAUGGCUCAUGUCUAAUGAAAAAAUCUUACAUGUAUGAUCUCUACAGGGCAAUAACAUUAUUAUUCACUUGGUUUAUAUCUGAUUUCAGGUAUGUCAUUUCGUUUUCAAACAUACUUUGCUCUUUCUCUGAAAGCGUCACUCAUGGUGAAUUUGGUUCCUGGGCGUUCAGUGCAUUCAUGUUGUUCAAUCUGUUGCAUAUUUUUCCAAUAAGAGAGUCGCCAAGAAAU